CAGCGUCACCCCACGGCUGCGCACACGGCCCGGCGCCGGGCUGCUCUCUGGGCUUUUCCCUCCUUCUCCUUCUCCUUCUCCUUCCCUUCCUCCUCUAUCCCUCGGGUCCCGAUGGCGGCGAGUGACACGGAAAGGGCCCAGCAGCAGAUUGAUGAAAUUGAAGCCCUUUCGUCAAUCUAUGGUGAUGAUUGGUGUGUUGUUGAUGAAGAUGAAAAAAUCUAUUGCAUUAAGAUUAGUGACUGUCUGGAUCAACCAAAAUGGACCCUCUGUUUGCAGGUGAUUUUGCCUCCAGGAUAUCCAACUGCAGAGCCACCUAUUUAUCAACUAAAUGCCCCUUGGCUUCGAGGACAGGAUUAUACAGAACUAGCAAAUAGCUUGGAAGAAAUAUAUGUACAGAACCUUGGUGAAAGUAUAUUGUAUUUAUGGGUGGAGAAGAUACGAGAAGUUCUCAUACAAAAGGCACAGUCUUCAGAUCCAGAACCAGAUACUAAAAAAACCACUGAAGAAGUUGAUGAAGAUGAUGGAGAUGAUUUUCUCUUAGACUAUCAGCCCGUUCAGGAAGAUCAAAGUAAAAUGUUAAAUUACAUGACAUCUGAAAGUCAGGAAGAUGAAGAACUGCCACCCAUACAUCAUGGAAACCCAAUCACAGAUCGAAGGAGCACUUUCCAAGCACAUCUGGCUCCAGUGGUGACAACCAGACAAGUAAAAAGAGUUCUUGAAAAAUUAUAUGAGAACAAGAAAAUUGCAAGUGCUACCCACAACAUAUAUGCAUACAGAAUAUACUGUGAAGAUAAGCAGACAUUCCUACAGGAUUGUGAAGAUGAUGGAGAGACAGCAGCAGGUGGCCGUCUUCUCCAUCUUAUGCAGAUUUUGAAUGUCCACAACGUGUUGGUUGUGGUGUCACGCUGGUAUGGAGGUAUUCUCUUGGGACCGGAUCGUUUCAAACAUAUAAACAACUGUGCAAGAAACGUCCUUGUGGAAUACAACUAUGUACCAUCAACGGAAGAAUCAUCUAGACAAGCCGGAAGGAGCAAAAAGAUAAGGAAGGACAACAAGAAGAGAACAGAACACUAAUUUAUUUUUAAAAAACUUCAGAAGAUUAUUUUGCACAUAUUUAUAUGAAAAGAAAACCUGGACCCUAUUGCCUUAUCUGAUAGAAUGGACAUGUUGUAUACAGAAGAGAGUUCAGUAAAGCCAUAGAUACAUUUUCAUCUC